AUGAGUGGUGAUGAGGACGCCGGCUCCCAGAACGGGGCCGAGAUACAGUCAGUGCUGUCGCCAAUCAGCCCGCCGACUCCUGACACUCCCUCCAGUCCCGGCUUCGCGCCGCUCGUGACCGUCGUUGGCUUUCACCAUGCCCGCGGUCCAGAGGUUGAGACGUGGUUCGGUGCCGAUGAGGGCGCCGACCCUGCCGCCGACUUUGGCUGGUCUCUGCUUCCCUUCAUGGCCCUGAGUGACGGUGCCCACGCGUCAGAGGAAGACUUCUCCUACUUUACCUUGCUGAGGCCCAAGACAGACACGGAGCCGGCCACCUCGCUCUUCGGCAUAUCCUGCACGCGGCAGCUCGACUCAACGCAGCUCAUCAACCGGCCUGCCGAUGUGACCCGCUCGACCGUGCAAAAGGCCGUCGUGGUCAUCGCCGACAGCCCGCAAUUCUUUGGCAUGCUGCGGGAACGGCUCAGCAUCGUCACCCAGGCCUGGUUCGCCCAAAGGGACUUUACCGACGUAGAGAUACUGCGCAGGUUUCAAGAGAGCCUCGCGGACGAAAAGGCUAGGGGCGUCAUACAGCAGGAAGCCGACCGGGAUCAGUACCUGGGCAUGAGCCUGCGUGAGCUGAUUCACGAGUUUAAGUGGCAAACGCUUGUCUUGUUUAAGUGCUGCCUCCUCCAGCCAAAGAUGCUCUUCUUUGGGUCGCGGUGUGAUAGAUUGUGCAUGGUCCAAUAUUCUCUUAUUUCCUUGAUACCCGGACUGUUGCGCAACCUGCAAGACUGCGCGGAACCAGAGCUAAACAACUACGAGAAGAAGCUGUCUCGAUCGACGAGCUUGCAGAGCAGCAACCGUAGCUCCCUCUUAUCUUUCAUGGGUCUCCCUCUGCAGAUUUUCGGCAAGGGAAGCUUCUUCGGCCCAUACACUCCCCUCCAGCAACUCGACAUCCUCGCCGACUUUGGCACCAAGUCAUACCUUGUCGGCAGUACAAACUCACUCCUCCUUCAACAGAAAGACAGAUACAGCGAUAUCCUGAUCAACCUCGACGAGGAUUCCAUCAACAUCACCUCGCCAUCCCUCAAGUCGGCUCUGGCCCUGACCGCGGCUGACCGGCGGUGGAUCGACUACCUCACGCAGGAGGUCAACGAGACGUGGGACGAGGCGAACCCGAGCAGGCCCAAGACGCUGCAGUACAUCGGCAGCGAGGAGUUUAUCCGGUCGCAGUUCGAGGCAUACAUCCUCGGCCUCAUCUCCUCCGUCAAGUUCCACAACUUCCUGACGGCCAACGUCGAGGGCUCCAAGAGCGGCAGCUUUGGCGCGGCCGAGGAUCCCGCGGUGGACUUUGGCCUCGAGUGGGUGGAGGCCUGGAUGCGCACGGAAAACUACCGCAUGUGGGACGCGCACACCGACGCGAACCUCUUCGCCGUCUCGGAGCCAAAGCACCCCUGCGCCGGCGGCCUGACCAUCGACGACGUGCAGCGCCGCAUCGCCGAGCAGGUCAAGGAGCUGCACCUCGACGAGCGCUUCGCGCAGGGCCGCGAGAUCCUAGGCCGUAACUUGGCCGUCGGGCGCGAAAAGGCCUCGACCAUGUUCAACAAGCUCUACUCGGACGUCGAGUACCUGCGCGAGUCGCAGCGCCGCCGCGCCGAAGAGUCCAAGGCUGCCGACGGCACCAAAUCUCCGUCAGAGAAGCCAUCGCAGCAGCAGCAAGGGCAGGUGGUCGACCUGUCCAAGGCGCAGCAGACGGUGCAGUCCGCCGGCGCAAAGGCCAGCGCCUACAUGUCCAGCUGGGCCGCCUGGGCAGGCGAGAAGCGCAAGACAGGCGGCUGGGGCGGCAGCUGGGGCAAGAAAUCGCCCUCGCCCGCCAAGGCACUCUCAGCGGGCGCCGCACCACCAGCAGCGGCGGCCGCGGGCACAACGUCCGCGACAGCCAGCCCCAUCGACAAGGACUACCAGAUGGUCAGCCCCCCCUGGUCGCGGGAAGCAUCGACCGACGACCGCGCCAGUCGCCCCCCCACGCACGCGAGCUUCAGCGAGAGCAUCCUGUCCGGCGCGGGCAGCGACGCGCCCGACAGGCCCGGCUCCGGGGCCUCCUCCUCGUCCUCCUCCGGCGGGCCUGCGGAUCCGGCCGCCAAGCAUCAUGCGAAGCAGGCGUCCAAGGACGACGGCUUCCAGAAGGAAGAGGUGGUGGGCGCCUCGAGCAACCACCAGGGCGAGAACGGCAAAGACAAGGCGCCGACCACGGCGGGGGAGAAAAAGGAGGAGCAGGUGCUGGAGCAGGUGCAACCAGUCAACGCCGAGGGCAAGGCGCAGCAAUAA